CGGACUGAAUAGGAGGUAACACAAAGUAGGACCACAGCGCAGUCGGGGUCGCAUUGCAAUACCAGUAGCACGACGGACAGAACUGCCUGGACGCCAUGCCAAAGCUGCAGGGGUUUGAUUUCUGGAGGACCACGCUGAAAGGGGCACGCUACGUGGUGGCCCCCAUGGUGGAUCAGAGUGAGCUGGCCUGGAGGAUACUCAGCCGCCGCCAUGGGGCGCACCUCUGCUACACCCCCAUGCUGCACGCACAGGUCUUCGUGCGAGACAGCAACUACCGGAAAGAAAACCUCUACAAUGACGUGUGCCCAGAGGACCGGCCACUCAUUGCGCAGUUUUGUGCGAAUGACCCGGAGGUCUUUGUCCAGGCAGCUGCUCUUGCUCAGGAUUAUUGCGAUGCCAUUGACCUCAAUAUCGGCUGCCCUCAGAUGAUCGCAAAAAGAGGACACUAUGGGGCUUUCCUGCAGGAUGAGUGGGAACUUCUUCACAAGAUGAUCACUGUGGGCAAUGAGAGACUCUCUGUUCCCAUUACCUGUAAAAUUCGUGUUUUCCCUGAGAUUGAUAAAACUGUGAAGUAUGCAAAGAUGCUGGAGAAAGCAGGGUGCCAGAUGCUGACAGUCCACGGUCGUACCAAGGAGCAGAAAGGUCCAUUAACUGGAGUGGCAAGCUGGGAACACAUUAAAGCCGUAAGGAAAGCAGUAAGCAUCCCUGUUUUUGCAAAUGGUAACAUCCAGUACCUCAGUGAUGUGGACCGCUGCAUUCAAGAAACGGGGGUGCUGGGUGUCAUGAGCGCCGAGGGGAAGAUUUCCUUACUGUAUCAUCUGGAGCAAACACAUUUAGAGGGCCACCUUCAUAACCCAGCCUUAUUUGAGGGGAGGAACCCACCAGUGUGGGAGAUGGCAGAGGAAUACCUGGAAAUAGUCCGUCUGUACCCUUGUUCGCUGUCCUACGUCCGGGCUCACCUCUUCAAGAUGUGGCACCACACGUUACAAGUCUACCAGGGACUGCGAGACGAGCUGGCGAAAGUCAAAACCAUUGAGGGGAUGGAAGAAGUUAGCAGAGAGCUGAAGAGGCACUGUCAGGAAGAAAUGGCCAAUCAAGUGGAAGGAGAGAAGCCGAAAGGAGGACUACCUUUUCAUCAUUGGAUCUGCCAGCCUUACGUGAGACCAGGGCCUAAAAAGCUGCCCCUAGAGAAUGGAGACCACUCGACAGAAGGAAAGCCGUCCAAUAAAAGAGUGUUGGAGGGUGAGGAGGGCAACCCCGAAUUCUUGUCGAAGAACAAGCUGAAGAAGAAAGCACGGAACCCACACAAGAACUUUGACCUUGCACAGAAACCUAAAUAUGCAAAAUGUGAACAGUGUGGAAAUCCAAAGGGAAAUAAAUGCGUCUUCAGUCUGUGUCGAGGGUGCUGCAAAAAGGCGGCUUUUAAAGAAACUGCAGAUUGCCCAGGUCACGGGUUGCUGUUCAAAACCAAGUUUGAGAAAUCGCUGAAGUGGAGGAAUGCCGAGAAUGAAGACAUGAUGAAUGGAGACAAGGCCGGUGGCCACAUCGAGACAGACAACAUAACGACACAGCUGAACGGGAAUGAUAGUGGGAAUGUGGUGUGAGCCAGGAGUGCCAGGCAUUAUCCACACAAACUCUCUGCUGCCCUUACCUUUUUAAUGCAUUCCUGUAGGCUGUUUGUAGGAUGAAUUUACAGUAUGCAAGUUAAGAGUCUGGAAAGUAGGUUACAUUCAGAACUGUGAAGCUGUGCUAAUGCUACUCUUUGUGGGUGGGGUUUAAUAGAAAUGAUGAUCCUCGUUGUAAUUUUUAGACAUCUUUUGCCUUUUAACUCUAUGCCAUGCUUGCUGGCAUUUUAAAAUCCAUUUUCCGACCUUUCUUUUGCUUCUGAAGAUUUUUCACUCCCCCCUUGAUCAUUGUGGUCCUUCAUUUAGCAUUUAUGUGCAAUUCAGCCCCUUGCAUCUCAGAAACCACUUGACAUGCAGGCUUCCUAUUUUCAGGGUAAAAUUUGCAGUUGACCUUUGCCCCUUUUUUACUCUGCUGUUUUCAGAUGAUCUUAGACAAAAGCUUUUAAGAAUUUGGCACAGAGCUGUAUUUUAUGCUAAAUUGAAUUGUGUUUAGAUACUGACUUUAAAAUGUGAUACGCUGCUGUAUCUAUUGAUAAAGCCUGAUCACGGGUGAACAUGUUGAAGCCAAUAUUUACAUGCAGACCCAGUUUAGUAAACUGACAUUCACUGGGAAUAUUUUGAUCCCUUAUGUUUUAUAUUACAUAUUUUUAAACAUAUUUAAUACCUGUGAUUUUGAUUGCAUCUUCUAAAGAAAACCCCUUGUUUCAGCGAGUUUUAAGAAUUAGUGUUUUUGUGAACUUGAUCCAACACAGUACAAUCGCACAACGGAGAGGGGAAGCCUGAAAUUUGGCAGAGUGGUAGAUCUGAAUCGGACAGCAACCCUUUCUGCACAAAGUCACUUUUAAAGUAACAAAUUUGUUCAGUGUCUUAAAAUGAUAGCGUUACAUUUCUUGGACUUCUAUGCAGGCCUGCUGUUUUGAAAGAGUAUAUGUAGAAUAUGUUUUUACAUUUUUAAAUUAAUGUCAACUCCACAGUGAUAUGUAAAAGACUGGAAUCAUUUGUCAGGUUUAUAAAGGUAUAAAAAUGGCUUUUGAAACACUACUGGAUAGACCCAUUAAUUAACUUCUAACAGGGAGGGGAGGAGUAGGAUUUUAUUAUAAAAUAUAAAAUAUAGAUGUUAAUAUAGACUUAGAUGUUAUUAAAUUACAACAGUAAAGCUCAGGUGUUGGAAACAUACCAACAAAUAUUUGUUGGAAUCUAAAGGGACACUUGGUUGACUUUUACGAGAAAAAUCGAAAAUGUCUAAUUUUAUAGAUUUGAUGAUUGAAAACAAAACUGAUUGACUGGAGCACCCAGUGUCAUGUACUUGGAAUAAAAAAUCUUACCAGGUUGUUGCCUAAUUGUAAUGUUAUUAAUGAGCCAGACACACAAUGUAUUACAUUUAACUGACUUAAACAGUAGUUUUAGGUAUAGGCACAUUCUUUGUUUUUUAGUUAUAGUAUCCUACAUGUUUUUUGGCCCAAGCUACAAUGUCAUUUUAAAGGGACCUGCUUUCCAAUACAGACUGUAUUAUUUCAAGGAUCAAUACGUUUGGGUGUUAUUAGAGACCCAGUGCACCCCACAGCCAAGACAGGAGCCACAUACAAACGCAGGCUUAUCAAACACUGAAGAAAGGCUCUUGUGUAGCACUAAAGCAAUACUUAAUGCUUUUAUUUUUGUGUUGUGCACUGAUGUGUCAUG